GCGGGGGUGGCAGUGAAGGAAAUGCCCGUUGCGUUAUAGCUCUUCGUAGGUCUAUUAGAUGCUACGUUCAGCCACGUUCUGAAUCGGUGGCUUAUAAGAGUAGUUUGUUAAUUGUGAUUAUUUAAUUACUCGGGCAAGCGUUACGUUGUUUCACACGCAGAAAUUGCUCGUUGUAAAUCGGGGUACUUGCAUUGAGUGCUACUGGUGGCGAGGUUGUCGCUGCAGUUAAAAUAAAAAGAAUGUGUUCAGCAUUUUUUUGGAUAUGAUGACGGGGUAAAAAACCUUAGCUUAGUGACGAUUUAUACUCAAUCGACCGAUGUUUACCAAGUUUUCCUGCUGCUUGGAAUAGUCUACUGUAAACAAUGGUCUUGUACAGCGAAUGUAUGGGGGAGGUAUGCAUGUUGGUGGCAAAGUCACAUGAGUGGAUUGCCCAGGAAUGGACUCCCAAAAGGCGAAAAAUCUCAAGCGAUCUGCAGCAACAUCUGCAGGCCAUGCUCAACAUCCUUCGGGCAGAGGAUAACAUCAAACUUGCAGUGCGGCUGGAGAGUGGCUAUCCCCAACGGACGCGCUACAUGGUGGUGGUUUAUACCAACGGAAGACAGGACACGGAGGAGAGCAUUGUGCUUGGCAUGGAUUUCCCUAGCCGCGAAAGCAACACGUGUACGAUUGGUUUGGUUUUACCGCUAUGGAGCGACACAAAAAUUCACCUCGAUGGCGAUGGUGGCUUCAGUGUAACAACAGUGAAUCGGACACAUAUAUUCAAGCCCGUCUCCGUGCAAGCCAUGUGGUCCGCACUCCAGUGUUUGCACAAGACAUGUGAGAUGGCACGGAUAAAUAACUAUUACCCUGGGAGUCUGUUCCUUACAUGGGUUGGUUAUUAUGAAAGUCGAAUCAACUCUGAGCAGAGCUGCGUGUAUGAAUGGAACGCCAUGCAUGAUCUGCAGUCCAUGCGCUCCGAUUCUCCUGUACUUUUCACUGACCAACCCACAGAGCGGGAAAGAACAGAGAAGCUGCUCCGAACAAAGCUGAGAGAAAUAAUGAUGCAGAAAGAUCUGGAGAACAUUACAUCCAAGGAGAUCCGCACAGAGUUGGAGAUGCUGAUGAAUUGCAACCUGAAAGAAUACCGUGAAUUCAUUGACAAUGAGAUGAUUGUGAUUCUGGGACAAAUGGACGGUGCAUCGGAAAUCUUUGACCACGUCUAUCUGGGCUCAGAGUGGAAUGCAUCCAAUUUGGAAGAGCUGCAAAGUCGAGGGGUGGGAUACAUCCUGAAUGUUACUCGGGAGAUUGAUAAUUUCUUCCCUGGUCUCUUCGUGUAUCACAAUAUCCGAGUGUACGAUGAAGAGGCUACCGACCUUUUGGCUUACUGGAACGACACAUACAAGUUCAUUUCAAAGGCCAAAAAGAGCGGCUCCAAGUGCCUUGUGCACUGCAAGAUGGGAGUGAGCCGCUCCGCUUCCACCGUCAUCGCCUAUGCCAUGAAGGAGUACGGCUGGAGUCUGGACAAGGCGUUCAACUUUGUCAAAGAGAAGCGCAACGUUGCAAAGCCCAACGCGAGCUUCAUGCGACAACUGGAGGAGUACCAGGGCAUCCUCGAUGCCAGUAAACAAAGACACAAUAAGCUAUGGCGCUCGCACUCUGAUAGCAACUUGAGCGAGCGUCUCAUCAAGCCUGCUGGCGGCUUGCAAGGAUCCAAGCACCACAUGGCUGGGGGAACGGGCGCUCUCGGACACCGUGGCCCAGAGGAGCUGUCCCCAUCGCACGAGGUUCAAACCACACGCUCGCGCUCGUUCACAAAGGAGAGCACGUUCUACCCGUUCGAGCUGGGGGACACGGGAAUGACUGGCAUCACCCGAGGAGGAGAUGGCAACAACCGCACGUGCCUGGACGAUCCCCAAUUGUUCUGCCUGUCGAGCACCUCCAGCUGUGCAGCAGCCACCGCCAUGGCGUGGCCCACGGGGAGCGGCCUUGCAGUGUGGCCUAAGAGCCCCGACGAGGAGCAAGAGGAUGCCGUCGCCGGCCACCAGCAUCCCCAGCCCGAACCGUCGCCCCCGCCCAUUGGUGGCGGCCCAACAGAGUUCACAAAUGAAACGGGGGAUCACGCCACGACUGUGAACGCAGAGGUGACAUCGACCAGCCAUCAAGAAGGCUUGGUGGUGGUGGCGGCGGCGGCGGCGGUGCCUCAGAGAGGCAGUGUGAGAGGCGCCGAGGAGGUGGUGUCCUCCGCCGCGCAGAAGCAGCCUGGCCCCCCCGCGGCGUCAACGUCCGCCGCUGGACAUGCGGCGGCCCCCUUGUCAGAGUCGCCUCCGCAGACGUGCUUAACGACGAGCACCGAGGACAAGAUCGACUUCUUCAGCGCCAUGGAGAAAUUCAAAGAGCUCUCCCAGGAGAAUAAAGGCCGGGAGAGACUGAUGUCCCGAAGCGAGGAGCCGGGCCCUGCCAUACGUUCCACCGGAACUCGGCUUAGCGUCUCGGAAUCAACGAGCGCGUCCACCGACAAGCGCAAUAGUCAAGAGGUGGACGUGAACAACACCCAGGAUGAUGCCACUCCCAAUACCAGCAGCAGUAACAGCAACAACAACAAUAACAACAACAAUAAUAACAACAACAGUGACCUCAAGGAACUCGUGAAGAUACUGAAUCAGACUGAAGUUCCUCCAGUUUCCGUAAAAGAAAUUGUGACUGGAAUGGAGUCCUCAUCAGCAGGAUGGAGUCAAGGCAGUUCUGCUGAAGUAGCAGUCUCUUCCCCGAUGCUGGUAGCCAGUUGCACUAGGGAGGACAGCGCUGUAUCCAAAGGUGCAGUUCCCAAUCUUACUGAAAUGGUGCGACCCAUCACCGUGCCAUCUCCAGGUCAUUGUCGUAAAGGGUCAUUAGGUCACGAUUCCACGACGUCCUUCGAAUUUGCUCAAUGCUCGACAGGAGCGAGUGACAUUUCUCAAAUCACCGAAGGGAGGUCGACUCAGUCCAGGUCGGACGCGCCUCACACUGAACGGGACCGAGACAAAUCCUCCAACGCCUUGGUGAACCUGAGAAGGUCGUCGAGCCUGCACACCGACCGCACCAUGAUGCACGGGACUGUGCGCCGUGCCACCAAGGAGCUGGAGGAGCGGUUUAAGGAGCACGAGCCCAUGGCCAGCAGCCCGAUUGUGGGAACAUCGCUCAGUCGCAAGAAUUCCCAAAACGACGGAAAGAUUGGCCGCGACUUGGUGUGGAAAAGCAGAAAGGGGGAAGAGCAAAGUGGUGAGGUGGAGGUUAAAGCCGCAGCGACUCAGAGGAGUGUGCAAAGAAAGCAAGAUUGGAGAGAAGAUGAGCAACAUAAAGAUGAUAUACAAAGCCCCGAUCAGGAGCCGGAUGCCACUAAGACUGAAGAUGUUGCUGUGGUAAUGCUACAAAGAGCACAAGAGGUUUGCCCAUCUAAACUUAAAGAAGCGGAGCCCUUCAAAAGUCACGAGCCUGUUUAUGCCAAGCUGAGCGAAGUGAGCCCUCUUGUGUCCAAUGUGGAACAUUGCGAGGUAAUCAUUCCAGAAGACAUUGUGGUCGACUCGCACUGCGAUGAUGCGAGUGAUGUGGCGCCACCUGCUGCGGAGAGGGCAGACGCACAACCCCCUCAGAGGACAAUAGAAAUCAUUGAGUAUACUCCUGCAGUCUUCAACCCUGCCAUGAAACAUGGCAAAGGCUCCAGUGAGCCAGGCACUGUUGACAGUGAGUCAGACAAUAGGGCCAGUAUGGAAGUUGUGUUUGAAGAGAACCCAGAUGGGAGUACCAGUUUAUUACUUCCAUCACGGAGGCCAUCCAAGCUUUACCAUCAAGAGUCACUGGUGUUUCUUGAAGAAAAGGGCCUAGUGAAAAAGCACACGAAAGAGCUCAAUGAAAAGCUGUCAUCGCCGUUGAGUUCCGUCAAAGUGGCACUGGUUGGUGAUGAGGCAGCUUCCACGGGCUUUGCGAGGCAGGGUGAGGAGCACGUCACUAACUCGGAUGAAGAUCUCGCCGAGCAUAAUGCCGACAUGAGAACAGGGAGAGACAUCGAAAUUCCACCCAGAUCGACCCCAUUUUGCUUACUCUCCUUGUCCGUCGCGGUCAGGGAUGCACCGACGUGUGAGCAUCCAACGGCUUUUAUAGUCCACGGCGUCACAAACACCAGCACGGACACGGACACUGAAAUUGACAGCAAAAUUGAAUCGGAAAAAGCGGUGGAGUGCAGGAAUGUAACCGAAACGGACGUUGAAAAUAAACACGGAAUUUCCGUGAAGCCACUUGGCACCAGCGAAACUUUAGUGCACGAUAAGAAAUCCAGUAGCGCACCUCGGCCAAAUCUCCAGCUCUUCUCUCCCACUCCGUACGUUGGCAGCAGCAUAGAUAGCCUGCAGAUUGGUGUUAAUGAUGCACUGUCCAGUGGCCGUGUCCGGCAGCAAGCCAAAGAGAUUGAGUCGAAAAACCGUCAAGCUGGCUUGACCACCCCUUCUCGGAUGAAACGUUCACACUCUCUGGCAAAGCUGGGUUCUUUCGGACUCUGCCAGGAAGACAUGAAUGACGAGGCCAGCUUGGAUCCCGUGGAGCCAAUGGAACUGAAGCGUGUCCUUUCAACAGAGAGGUCUGGGCAAAGAGAACCAUCGCAGGGAGAACGUUCGAGUGUGAUUAUUUGCUCAACCAAACCAAUUGACAUUCUGGCGCACGAUGACGAUAAUCGGUCACAGUUGCCUGUGUUGCAAACUCAAAGGGUUGAAUCUUCGGCGGGAGUUGAUGCACAUGGUUCACAGAGCAUUGUGACUGCGGAAACCCAAGACGCGGGGUCCUCCGUGCAAAGACAGCAGCAUGGCAGGACCCAUCCGUUGCGACGCUUGAAAAAGACAAGUGAAAAGAAGCGCACCACUAACCCUCUCUACAACACUGUAUGAUGCCAACCGCGGACAGCAUCCAGGGAACUUGAAGAUAUUAAGUCCACUCGAUCAAAUACUCACGAAGCCAUCUUCCAUGUUGGCAAGGCUGCCCUGAUGCUUGAAUAUGAAUCUAGAGCUAAUUUAUGUGUACACACAUGCUUGGUGAUAAACAAGAGAUUUUGGCUUCAUAUCAGUAUCAGCUUAGUGUCUGUAUGCAACCAGCUUGCAUAUGUGAGCCAAGACUGGAAGACCUAACCUUGAAAAGCUGCACUUGCAACAUUAUUGGGAUAUGUGUGGUACUGUUGCUCAUUCCCUAGUGUGUGUACCACAAGAGUUCAGUUUGAAGAGGGAAACAAACUGUUUUAAAUAUAUAAUUCUGAUUCAGGGAGUGUGUUACUUUGUAAUUUAUUGAGAGCUUAUUGGCGGUGUGAAUUUUAAUGGUGAUUUGGUGAAAUCCUGUGGAAAUUUUCCUGUGGACUUGCAACGUAUUUUUGCGUUGUGGCACUGGCUGAUUUAUCUGCUGAAACAUUUAUAAGUAAAUGUGCAUUUUAUAUAAAAUUCUGUGUAUAUGGGUGUACGUGUGUGUAUAUAUGUCAAGGGAACGUUUGCCUUUUGCACACAUUGGGUGAGUUCUCCUGGCCAUUAGUGUGGAUGUGAUAUAAAAAUCUCAGUGGAUCAUUUGUUGAUUUGUUUUUUGUUUUGUUUUGCACAGUCAGUUUGAACCCAGCCUAAAACAAUGAAGGUGAUGUCGCUGUUGGGGUGCUAUACCAUUUCUAGUUUAUAUGAUAAUUAUUCUCAUUGCUAUAAUUAUUGAUAAUUAUGCAUAAUUAUUCUUAUCGGUAUACUCGGUGACCAGAGGAGUGAGGAAGGCCAUGUGGAGGUGCUUUUCUUGUUGUCAUUUAACCCACACAUGAGCACCUAUCACCUUAAAAAUUGCCAUUCGGUGCGUAAGUCCCAAAAGUACUUGCACGCAAAUUGUAAUUUACUAUUGUAGCAGUUAUUUUUUUAUAUAUACACACACCAUUCAGCGAUUGCUACCAAAAAUGUAGUCUCUUGUAAAGGUUUUUGUUGUAUAAUUAUAAUCACUCCAAGUUUCUAACAAGGAUGCCCACCGCCCCCCCCCAAGUUGGAAUAUUUCUGAAGGUUUUGUGGCUUACUGUGAUAGGUUGUCACUGAAGCGCGGACGCGAUCUUGAGCGUCAAUUAUGUUUUUUUACCAUGAUGAACCCAGUGGUUGUUGUUGUUGUUGUUUGCCCCCCGUACCAGAAAAAAACCCCCACAAUUAUGAAGGUAAACUCCACACAGUGAGAUGGGUGGACACAAUCAUUCUACUUCACGUGUUUUUCUGGUCAAUUGUUUACAUUGUUUUAUCUUUUAUGCAGACUGUACAUGUGUAUUUUAUUUAGCUCCCAGUUCGCGUGUGUUUUAGUUGUAUCCAGCUGUACAGGUGAUUAAGCGCAAAAGACUGCUUGCUGCACACUGCAACAUGAGCCUCCGUUGUUGAUUUUUGUUGGUGUGUGCUUAGUUCAAGAGGUGUAAAUGAUCCCUGUAUUUCAGAAGUUAUUUUUUUCUCGAUGCAAAAAUACUUGCACAGGGGGAUUUUGGAAACAUCGGUGUUCCCCCCCCACACACACCCCCUGUGAUGUUUGCUGGAGGUGGCAACAUUAUUUUACUCUUAUUAUGUGGCUGUGAAAAUGUGUAUGGUAAACUAGACAAAAAAAGACAAUUUGUAUUUUUUAU